AUGGAGAACAUCGCUAAAACUGAGCAUACCAUGACGGCUCAGCCGACCAUCUUUCCUCGCGUGGGCUACAGUAUACUUUCAUACCUCAUGUUCAUAAACACCACUCUCUCCGUCUUCAAUAACUUACUAGUGAUCGCUGUAAUGGUGAAGAACCUGCAUUUCCUGAACGCGAUGACCGUUAUUAUCCUCAGUUUGGCGGUUUCUGAUCUUCUCAUCGCCACCUGUGGAUCUGCCAUCGUCACCGUCACCAACUAUGAGGGAAGUUUCUUUUUAGGCGACGCGUUUUGUGUUUUUCAAGGUUUCGCUGUGAACUACUUUGGCCUGGUGUCUUUGUGCACCCUCACUCUGCUGGCGUACGAGCGCUAUAACGUGGUCUGUAAACCGAUGGCGGGCUUCAAACUGAACGUGUGGAGGAGCUGUCAGGGUCUGCUGUUGGUCUGGCUCUACUGCCUCUUCUGGGCCGUGGCUCCUCUGCUGGGCUGGAGCUCAUAUGGGCCCGAAGGCGUCCAAACGUCCUGCUCUUUGGGCUGGGAAGAGAGAUCCUGGAGAAACUACAGUUAUCUGAUCCUCUACACGCUCAUGUGCUUCAUCCUGCCUACUGCCAUCAUCACAUACUGUUAUAGUAACGUGCUUCUGGCUAUGAGGAAGAUCAACAAAAGCAUUGAAAGUCAGGGAGGAAAGAACUGUGCUGAGGACAAUGUGCACGUGGUGCGAAUGGUUCUGGCCAUGAUCAUCGCCUUCUUCGUCUGCUGGCUGCCGUACACCGCCAUCUCUGUGCUUGUCGUGGUGAAUCCAGAGAUCUCCAUCCCUCCUCUGAUCGCCACCAUGCCCAUGUACUUCGCCAAAACCAGCCCCGUCUACAAUCCCAUCAUCUACUUCCUCACUAACAAACGGUUUCGAGAAUCUUCUCUGGAGGUCCUGUCCUGCGGUCGAUACAUUUCUCGUGAAACUGGUGGUCCGUUAAUGGGAUCAUCAAUGCAGAGGAGCCAAAGCAGGGUGAAUCCAGUCUGAUCAGAGAUGGAGGUUUUUCGGGAGCUGGAGAUUUUAACCGUGUCUUUGGUCUGCUUGACAUCCAUCACUAACCCCAUCAUCUACGCUGCGGUCAA